GUAGAUUCUGUGGGGACAAAGUACCUGAAGUUCUUACUUCUACAGACAGCAGAAUGUGGAUUGAGUUUCGUAGCAGCAGUAAUUGGGUAGGAAAAGGCUUUGCAGCUGUCUAUGAAGCGAUCUGUGGAGGUGAGAUACGUAAAAUGAAGGACAGAUUCAGUCUCCUAAUUAUCCUGAUGACUAUCGCCGAUGAAAGAAUGUGUGUGGAAAAUAAAGUGUCUGAGGGCUACCACGUCGGGCUGACCUUUCAGUCCUUUGAGAUUGAAAGGCAUGACAACUGUGCUUAUGACUACCUGGAAGUUAGAGAUGGAACCAGUGAAAAUAGCCCUUUGAUAGGGCGUUUCUGUGGUUAUGACAAACCUGAAGAUAUAAGAUCUACCUCCAAUACUUUGUGGAUGAAGUUUGUUUCUGAUGGAACUGUGAACAAAGCAGGGUUUGCUGCUAACUUUUUUAAAGAGGAAGACGAAUGUGCCAAACCUGACCGUGGAGGCUGUGAGCAGCGAUGUCUGAACACCCUGGGCAGUUACCAGUGUGCCUGUGAGCCUGGCUAUGAGCUGGGCCCAGACAGGAGGAGCUGUGAAGCCGCUUGUGGUGGACUUCUUACCAAACUUAACGGCACCAUAACCACCCCCGGCUGGCCCAAGGAGUAUCCUCCUAAUAAGAACUGUGUGUGGCAAGUGGUUGCACCAACCCAGUACCGAAUUUCUGUGAAGUUUGAGUUUUUUGAAUUGGAAGGCAAUGAAGUUUGCAAAUAUGAUUAUGUGGAGAUCUGGAGUGGUCUUUCCUCUGAUUCUAAAUUGCAUGGCAAAUUCUGUGGCGCUGAAGUGCCUGAGGUGAUCACAUCCCAGUUCAACAAUAUGAGAAUCGAAUUCAAAUCUGACAAUACUGUAUCCAAGAAGGGCUUCAAAGCACAUUUUUUCUCAGGUAUAAGUAUUCACAUGUUGUGUGUGUAUAUUACAGAUUUUCAAUGUGGACUGGAUUAAGUGGUAUGUGAUCUAUUUUUCAUCGUUUUCUGCAAAUGUAACUUGAAGAAGAAGACCUUACCAUUUGACAUAGGUUUAGUAAUAUUUUACUUAACAUUAGGAUAUUAAUAAGAGGGGCCCUGAUGAAAUGUUGC